GACAGGAGGAGGUGGUGCCGCGGGGCCCACCCGGAGGGGCAGGCGGGGCGGUGGGGGCCGCGUGGAGACGAGGCACGCGUCUCGCUCGCUCGUCUCCCCCCAACCCUUUUCGUGUUCCUUCCCCAUCGCCUCUCGCCUCCCCGUCCAGACCUCGCACCGCAGCGAGAGGAGAGAGAGAGAGAGAGAAAGAGGGCUAGGGUUUCGUGCUCCCCCACGCCUCACGCAUCGAAUCCGAGCCGGAUCGGGGGGCGCGCGGAGUCGCCGGCGUCCCGGCGGCGCCUGGGCUGUUUGCAAUGGCAUCUGGAACUGAUGACAAAACUAAGACGGAGGGUUUGACAUCAGCUGCAGCCUUUGUAGAGGGCGGCAUUCAGGAUGCAUGCGAUGAUGCAUGUAGCAUUUGCCUUGAGGCUUUCUGUGAGAGUGACCCUUCUGCAUUGACCAGCUGCAAACAUGAGUUCCAUCUCCAAUGCAUUCUGGAAUGGUGUCAGAGAAGUUCACAGUGCCCAAUGUGUUGGCAGCCAAUUAGUAUGAAGGAUCCUACCAGCCAGGAGCUGCUUGAGGCAGUAGAACGCGAGAGGAACAUAAGAACCAAUCAAACUCGAAACACAACUAUAUUCCAUCAUCCUGCUCUUGGGGAUUUUGAGCUGCAGCAUUUACCUGUUGUUGGUAAUGAUGCUGAGCUUGAAGAGCGUAUACUACAGCAUCUAGCGGCUGCCGCUGCAAUGGGAAGGGCACACCAUCUUGGAAGAAGGGAGGGGCACAGGGGCCGUUCUGGCUCUCAUGGUCGCCCACAGUUCCUAGUUUUCUCUGCUCAUCCAAAUUCACCUUCUACCGGCACAAUUUCUUCCUCUUCUGCUCAUGUGGAGGGGGACUAUGAUUCAAAUCCUGUUAACCCUAGAGCUAGUGAGUCAUCUCCACGAGCUAUUCGCAUUGGAGACGCUGGUAACCAAAGCCCUGGGAUGCUUACCUAUGAUGCUGAACAGGAUGCUGUCGUUUCUUCUGGAAAUAGCACUCCUGUAUCAAGUCCUAGGUUUUUUAACAGGAGACACUCCACUGGGCAGUCAACUCCAGACAGGGCUGGACCGUCGGAUGUUCAGUCUUUCUCAGACUCUCUGAAGUCUCGCCUGAAUGCUGUCUCGAUGAAGUACAAAGAAUCUAUUACGAAGAGUACUCGAGGGUGGAAGGAGAGACUCUUUUCGCGCAACUCAUCUGUGGCGGAUCUUGGUUCUGAAGUAAGAAGAGAAGUUAAUGCUGGAAUUGCCUCUGUGUCAAGGAUGAUGGAGCGCCUGGAAACUAGAGGAAGUAGCAGAACAGGUGAUAGCCCAACAGCAUCCACAUCUGAAGUUCCUCCUCCUACAGAGUCAAGCAAUGAAAGGGCUCCAGAGAGCAACGCUGCUUCUAGUACUUCUACAUCUACAAGUGCAAGCAACAGUUGUUUAUCGGUAUAAAUAACGGAUAUGUUAUCUUCAUAGUAUUUGGGUCCCUAUAAUAAAUAUGAUUGGAACAGCAAAGCUUGAUGCUGUUAUACAGAUUCUGUACCACAGUUUUCCUGUUUGUUUUCUGUUUGUGCUCUCUGCGUGGCUGAACCAAUGCUUUUGGUGUACAAAGAUCAUGCAUGUUUUGACUUUUUUGUGCGUGUAUAUAACAUAAACGUAUUAUUGUUGCUUUCCCCUUUCGGGGAGAACUAGCUAUAUUUUAAAAAAAGAAAGAAAGAGAA